UGUGAUUACAGCCUGCUCAUGUGGCACGCGGACUUUGGUAGGGACCUGCAAACAGAUUCUCUCCCGACUGACACAGGUGAGACAUAAGUGCAAUGGACCAUGGAGCCCAUCCUUGGCCCCCUCAGUCAUGGGGAAGACCAACUAGAAGGACGGACACAUGGAGAAGCAUGUACCACGAAGCACCGCCUUAUUAUUACAUGAACAAUGGCAACAGGCAUAUCCAGAAGCCUCACCCAAAGGAUGGUUACCAACCUUGGCCACCAGAUUCCUGGAGUGACUACUAUUCCCAGUAUCAGACAUCUUAUCAUAGACACAGAGACUGGGGUCGGCCUGCAUCUAGAGCUGAGAUUUCUGACAGAAGUGACACUUAUCCAUCCCGUCCAUUGUCUAGGCAGGAAUAUGAUGAGAGGUACACAUUUUAUGAAGCGUCUCAUAGGCACAGAAAUUAUUAUUCUGACCAUCAAGCUGCUCCAACAGAGUACCGAGACUGGAGGAGAAGGCCCCAAAGCAGACAAACAGAACAGUGGGUGGUAAACUCCUACAAUGGACCUCCGCUACAUCAGACCGCAGAGGGAGGCCGGGCGCCGCCACAGACUCAGAGCUGGACCCAGGGAUAUGAGGAGAAUGAAAAUGAAGUGGACAAAUUACAGUUGUUAAGCUUAGCGGAACCCAGUCUAUUGUCCCAGUACCGAGACUCAGGCAUGUCGUCCAGUAGUUAUGAGUUAAGUCAGUAUAUGAAUGAUCCCUCUGAUACCAGCGACUCAUGGAGUCAUAUACAGGAAGUCUCUUCAGAGCAGGCUUUUCACCACUUAGCUCCACUGAAGUUCUCUCUUCCGCAUGUCACUGUGUGCUUCGGGGCCCGGGGCCAGCUGGUCAGAGUGUGCCCGAACUUCCCCACUGAAGGGCAACCUGCGCGUGUCGAGAUACACAGCAUAGAGGUACUUCUUCACGAUACGUUGGAACAAGAGGAGAUGAGGAAUUUCCCUGGUCCCGUUCAAAGGGAAGAUUUACAUAAAGUGGACAUCAUAAAAUUUUGCCAGCAGAAAGUGAGCGAGUGUCUCCACUCCAAAGUACCAAGAAGCGGGGAUGAUUCUUUACUCUGGCAGAUGCUGUUACAGAUGUGUCGGCAGAACGGGUGUAUUGCUGGUUCAGAUGUAGCAGAGCUCCUGCUACAAGACUGUAAACGGGAUCCAUACAGAAGAGCGUUAUCCAGUGCUAACCUCAUCAACCUAAGCGAAGAGCCUCCGCUGAUACCAGAUUGUGCACAGAUGGACCUUUUGACUGGGGAGAUCCCAUCUCCUGCUGAGACCUCUGCACAAGCCGUGGAGAAAUUCACCAAACUGCUUUUCUACGGACGGAAAAAAGAGGCUCUAGACUGGGCAAUGAGGAGUGAGCUUUGGGGACAUGCCUUGUUCCUGUCCAGCAAAAUGGACUCACGGACCCACAGCUGGGUGAUGGGACGGUUUACGAGCACUUUAGCCCAGAAUGACCCCUUGCAAACUCUUUUCCAGCUGAUGGCCGGACGGAUCCCGCAGGCAGCCAUGUGCUGCGGAGACACAAAGUGGGGAGACUGGAGGCCACACCUGGCUGCGAUUCUGUCCAAUCAGAUGGCAGAUUCUGAACUUAACCGACGUGCCGUCAUUACCAUGGGAGACAAUUUAGUUCUUAAAGGCUUAACCGAAGCUGGACACUGCUGCUACCUGACAGCUGAUAUCCCUUUUGGCCAGUACUAUGGAAAAUCGGACCGCCUUGUUUUGUUGGGAAGCAGCCACAGCCAAAGAUUUCCGAAGUUUGCCAGCUCACAGAGCAUCCAACGUACUGAAAUCAUGGAGUACUGCCAAAGUUUGGGGAAACCUGGCCAUUGUAUUCCUGCAUUCCAGGUAUACAAACUGCUAUAUGCCACACGCCUGCUGGAUUAUGGCCUGACAUCGCUUGCUCUCCAUUACUGCGAGUGCAUUGCCGCUGCUGUCCUCUCGCACUCAGGAUCUGCAACAUUGAUAUCACAGUUAAUCAAGCUGGCAGAACGUCUGAAAUUUUCUGACCCAAGCAUCCUGGACAGGUGUGAAGAGGAACCCAAAUGGAUGACGCAGCUAAGGACUUUGCUUGGGCGGUUACAGGCUAGUUCUGAUGCGGGCAGACAAACCCCCGUGCCUGUCAACGAACCAAUUAAAGCAUCAGGAUUUACAGCACCAAUCACUGUGACUGAAGGUCAUGCAGCACAGGCAUUCAGUGGGGUUGAGGAGACUCAAGAUGUGGAUGAUACAGCAGGGCAUUGCGCCACGUGGACACCGGAGAACCAAUCAAUGCAAGCUAUGAUAACCCCAAGUAGGGAGGACACGGAACACAAUACACGGCAGUUGGCAGCCGUUAAUGAAUAUACCUCCUGCUUUAACGCUCAGGAACCAACGCACAUACCAGACAUCCCAGUAAAAGAGCCCCCUCCGCAGACCAGCCUUAUUACUGCCGGUGUCCUCCCGCAGCCUCCGUUUGCAUCGGGGAGAGUGCGGACUGUGUCCGAGACCUCUACAGUCUCCAUGGACGACGAGGAGGAAGAAGACGGAGGAGAGAAAGAAACAUCAGAUGACAAGUCAUAUGAAGCAAAGAAGGGCUCUUCCUUUGGUUGGUUUGGAUGGUUCCGUUCAAAGCCAGCAAAAAACGCAGAACCACCAAAAUCAACAGACACUACACAUCAGAAGGAGCUUAUACCACCCAUGCAGGCCAAUGCAGCUUCUGAAACGCUUUCUUAUUCUUCAUCUCCACCACCAGCUUACCCUCGAGCAAAUACCCAAAUCAAUCCAUUUUCCAAAAAUGCAGGCGGUAAAGAAAUUGAAGAGCCGCAGAACAACAAUAGCAGUUCAGUAUUACCAGACACUCAGGGUCAACAGGAGAACAUGGUGAGACAACCAAAUAGUGCUAUGUUAGUCCCUGGAGAUCAGACAGGCAGACCUGGUGGAGCCGUUCCAAUGUAUAAUCCUUCGCAGUUCUCAGGAACUGGUCACGUUAUGAACAAGCCCAGCCGUCUACAAGGACGAUACCCGGUGCAGCCCUGAUGAUCAACAGUUUUACAGAGCACCACUCAGGGAGAGAGACGUGAUCAUUCAACACUAGUAGCACAAAUCAAACAGAGGAAAAAGCCUUUCAUUCCCUCUGGAAUCCUUUCAUUCACGUGCUCGUAUAUUUAUCCCCUUGUAUGUUUAAUCAGCUGAUCAUUCUUUUUUACAACUGCAAUGCAAACAUUCUGUAAAACAGAAAAUAUCUUGUUUUGGCCUUAUGUCAUGCAUCUUUACCUGUUUUUUUGCUUGAUCCUCACUAAAGACAAAUAUAUAACCCAUGCAAAUGCAUAUGGUUUGUUCUGCAUAAUCCUCUCAUACAUUUGUAAAAGGGACACCAUGACAAUUUAAAAGGACUAUGUAUUUAUGUAUAUAUAUAUAAAAAUAUGCAUUUCAUGACUGGUGAGCUCUUUUAUGAUCUAGUGAAGCUAUGGCUGUCAGAGAAAGUAGGGAGAGAGUGGACAUUGUGAGAGAGAGAGUGAGAAAGUGAGUGACUCCAAGUGAUUGUCUAUACUCCCUCGCAUCUCGGAAGCGGAAAACAAGUGAAUCGGUGAGUUAUUGGGGAUGUUGAGAUGGACUACUCUUUAUAACCUAAAAAAGAACUUGUGAUUAAUUUCUAGAUAAAACCA